UUUAUAUCGCACAAUACAACUAGAGUAUCAUUCUAUUGAAGAAGAGCAAAGAAUAACGAUCGAACAUAUCCACUUUCGGUGAAUGCUUUCAUUUCGUCUUUUCGUUCUCGCCCAUUAUAGAGGCAAAACAAAUUAUUACAAUGUGGAGGAUCAUCUGCCUUGUAACUACUUUUUUAACGUUCGGAUACGGUUUUUCUGAUCCAUCUGACAAUACCUCUGAAGCUUUUCCAUUGGAAUACGAACUUGAAAUACAAGAUAGUUACACCUUCCAUUUGUUCAAAUGCGAGGAAGCGGGUAACUUUCCUCAUCCUCUCAAUUGCAAAUUGUUUUAUGAGUGUAGUUUAUACAAGCAUGGACGUUACCGUCGUUUCCUUCGUAAAUGCAAGAUAGGAUUUGUCUUUUCGACAAAUUUAGGUAAAUGUACUUAUCCUCAAGAAAGUGGGAGAUCAGAAUGCAUUGGUAAAGGAAUCUUAACGACACCAUCACCGCCUACAAAACGUCCUUCAUCUAAAAUAACUAAAGUGCCCACCCAUCGAACUACUACACGCAAAAAUAAAACGCAUUUAAAAACUACUAUCCUACCGACUUUGCCACCGAAAAUAGAGUGCCUUGCGGAAGGUUUCAUGGCACAUCCUACGGACUGUGCGAAAUAUUAUGUAUGUAUUGCGCGAAUCGAUAAUACAUUUCAAGUCUUUGAAAUGAAAUGUAAACUCGGGACAAUAUGGGAUCGAGAAAAGGAAAUUUGCAGCCAUCGUUGGAAAGUACGAAACCCUCGUUGUGGCCCAUAUAUUACAGAUGAACCAACUACUAGAAGUACUAAGGAUGUUACCAAGUCUACACAGCGUUCUACACAUAAGCUAAUAACUGAAAUUCUUACCUCUACAUCGAUUCAACAAACAACAGGUUUAACUACUGGAAUUGUUACUCAAACAUCACCGCAUUCUGUAGAUACAGAAGCAACUGUAACAAUUCCACCUUCCUCGACAGAUGCAAGAACUGAUAAAAGUACUGAACCUGUUACUCAGACCACAGAAUCAUCAACACCUAAACCAAUGACUGAGACAAUUACACAUUCAUCGGUUAAACCAUCGACAACCCUAUCAACCAGCCCGAGUACUAAAGUCGAUACAGAAACUAGAUCGCCUUCAUCGGCUGAAUCCUCCACAGAUCUAUUAAUUGGGACAAGUACUGAAUCUUUAACAGAGAUUGCAGAUGUGUCAACAAGUACACCAGUAACUCAAAAAGGUUCUUCUUCAUCAGAGGAAUCAUCGACAGAUCGAGCGUCUAGCACAAAAAUUGAUCCUUCAGUAGAACCAUCGACAAAAUCAUUGACAAGUACAAGUACUCCAGUUGGCACGAUAACGGCAAAGUCUUCUACACUUACAACAGUAACAGAAGCUGUAACGUCUUCAUCCGUUAAGCCAGCAACAGAUCUACUAGUUGGAACAAGUACUGAAAGUGUUACCGGAACUUCUGGUCUUUCAACGAGUACAUCAGAAAAGGAAACAGUUCGUCCUUCUUCGGUUGAGCCAUCCACCGAUCUAUUGACUAGUACAAGUACUUCUGCAGGCACUGUAACAGUUGAACAUUCGACACUUCCCCCAGUAACACAAACAGUAACGUCUUCAUCCUUAAAACCGGCUACAGAUCUACUAGUUGGAACAACUACUGAAAGUGUUACCGGAACUUCUGGUCUUUCAAAGAGUACACCGGAAAGUGAGACCCUUCGUCCUUCUUCACUUGAGCCAUCCACCGAUCUGUUGACGAGUACAAGUACUCCAAGAAGUACUGUAACUGUUGAGCAUUCUACACUUAUACCAGUAACACAAACAGUAACGUCUUCGUUAGAAACAUCGACAUAUCUAUCAACAGCUUCUAAUACAAACCCUCUUACUGAAACUGCUGAUCCGUCAACACAUUCACCAGUAACUGAGACUCGUUCGUCUUCCUCCAUUAAUUCAUCUACGGCUCCUUCUAGAAGUACGACUUCUGAGAGUGUUCCCGAAACGACAGAUCUUACUACACAUAUAUCUUUAACCGAAUCUGGCUUUACUACAUCUCCUGAAUCUUCAACGAAUUUAAUAUCUGUUUCAACUGUUGGAACCAUAUCUUCUACUAUAGAAUCUUCGACUAAUCUUAACUCUGUGAAACUAUCAUCUACUUCAGAAUCUCCUAUGGAUAAAACAGUAUGCACAACCCUUGGUUUCUUCCCGAAUCCCAAUGAUUGCUCUAAGUUCUUCAGAUGUGUCCAAGUUGACGAUGUAUUUACUAGAAUCGAUUUCGUUUGUCCCGAUGAAACUGUUUGGGAUCAAGAAUUGUUACGUUGCAAUUCUGUGUCUGUAUCACAUUCCAAUUGUAAGAAUAGUCCACCAGAUAUAGAUGAUGAACCUGAUAUGUCAGGGGACGAUAACAUGUGUCCUAUUGGAAAAUUAUCUGGUGAUCAAAUAGCACUUGUUUGUCCUACAGGAUUUCGAAAACAUCCGAAAUAUUGUAAUAUUUUCUAUCAAUGCACAUCUGAAAGUAAUUUGGACAUUAAUAUUGCCUUGUUUGCAUGUCCCGAAGGUACGAUUUACAAUCACAAUGAAAUGCAAUGUGUUUUCGCAAGUACGGCUAAUUAUCGUAUGUUUGGCUGUAAGAAUGUUCUUUUAAAUCCAAUGGCUAACUUAGUUCCUAUCUUGACCGUUCCAUCUACACAGCUUUGUCCAUCCGAAGGCUCGUUCUCAUAUCAUCCAGGUUGUUCAAAUGCAUACUUCAAAUGCAAACGCAAUCGAAAAGGCUUACUACAAGGCUAUCUCUAUAAAUGUCCUGUUGAUUACGUGUUCUCUCCGUUUUCAAGAACUUGCGAACCAGCAAAAUAUUUUCCACUUUGUUUAAAUCCUACUCAGAAUUUUCAAACGAAUUCAUCCUCUAGUGGUUUAUAUUUGACCCAUCAUAACAUCUUUUAUAUUGGAAAACAAUUAUCUUAGAUUUUUAUAAACUUAGAACGGCUUUGCACUCGCUAUUAUCGAGAGUAAUUUAUUUUUAUUGCCUAAAAUAAAGCAAUAAUUUUUAUAGACUUUAAAAAAGAUUAUUAAAAGUUAUUAAGGAUGAGCGGAUGUCUAAAAUAAAGUGAUAUAAUAAAAAUGAAAUUAUAAACCGUAUGAUGAAUAUAAUAA